GGUGAGUUAAUAACUGACAAUAUCACUGACUCCAUCGAAACUAUUGUCUUGAAACAGUUGUACAAAAAGCGAUCUGAAUAAAUGGAAGCGAUGUGAGCAAAAUAAGCUUAACUCUGUUCUUGAAUCUGUCAUUCAAUAACGAAAUGACGGGAGCUGAACUGUAGAAAUGGAAUAUGUGGCUAAACGGUGCGGAGUGAAGUUUGACCCACCUUCCAUUGUAUUGGUCUACGAAGAUGGCAAAACCAAGAAGAUGCGCCAAAGAAUCAUGCCAGUGAGGAACUUCUCAAAAUUUUCAGACUGCAGCCUGGCAGCGGAGCGGCUGAAGAGCAACGCGCGGCACAGCGCCUACCUGCAGGGCGUGUCCCUGCAGCAGCUGGAGAGGCUGCACGGCGUGCUGCGGGACCGUCUGCGCGGCCACACCCUGGAGCAGAGCCUGGCCGAGCUCCGCCCGGACCCGGACCAAGACCUCAACAAGCUCAGCGACGAGGAGCUGGCCCGCAGGAAGGCCCACAUGGACGUGCUCUUUGAGCGCAACCGCAAACGCAAGGACGACCCCGACUUCGUGUACGACCUGGAGGUGGAGUUCCCCGAGGCGGACGACCGCGGGACGUGCAGCUGGGACGAGUCCGAGGACGGCUUUUAGUCUUCUCACCCCAGAGCGCGGUUGCCAGCUUUUUCCCACAGAAUGUUGCUAAUUCAUGCUGAAAAGUCACUAUGCCGUUUUCACAUGAAAACGUGUAUUACAUGACAGACAUAGAUUUUCUUAGUUUCCAAGAAAAUAAUAUUUUAUUUUAUAUAUUACAGGUGUAUUAUUUUUUUUUGUCGCUAGGCUCUUUUUUGAAAGAAAAUUCACUAAAGGAGUCUGAAAAGUCGCUAAAUCUAGCACGGAAGUUGCCAAGUUGGCAACAGUGCCCCAGACUCGUGAGGUUAAUGGCAGCUGCUAAUGUACACGGGUGAAAUGCAGUCUGGUGAAAAAAGAGUGACUGAGAGACCGUGAGUACAGAGGAUGUGUACAAAAACUCAGCAGUGCCCCCGGAGAACCGCUGUUGAAAUUGGAGUUUGUUACACAUUAUUUCCACAUUAACCGAGAAUCCUAACAAGCACUUCAGUGUACCAACAAAUGCUUUUGUAGUGUGCUUAAAGACCAGGGAAUGUCGGUCUCUCCUCUUUGCAUUCAAAAUGAAAUGUGAUCUUUGGCACAAAAAGCUAAUUAGCCGUAUUAGAAAUGGGAGGGCAAUGGUGGCUACAGGUAGAAAGUAGGAGGCAGAGGGGAGCGUUCUGUUCUCUGCUGCGUAAAUGGGCCUUUCUCAGAAAAGGCACACAGGCUAUUUGGGCGUAUAAAAGGGGGGAUUUGAAGUAUUCACAACAAGUCUUCAGCUUGAGAUGGAAUUUUUGUAAUCUUUGUCCUCUCCCAACUGUUUCACCUACAGAUCAGGAUAAGGCUGUUGCUAUGGGCAUUUUAAAGACCACCCUGACAGUUUCAGUUAAUGAAAAAAAUUGUAGUUCUUUUUUAUGGGACAAGGGUACAGCUCCAUAAGCAAAUGUAUAUUUAUAGUUCCUCUCAGCAGCGUACCUGGCAUCCGCUGGUUAAGAUUUGUCAGCAGUAAUAGCCAGUGCCAUUGGCUCUCCUAUUGUACCAUAUGCGCAGAGUGGGAAAAUGUGGGAUUGGGAAUGCGAACGUGGGAAUGUACACUGGAAUACACAAGGAAGUCAGCUGUAGUGCACUUUUAAUAGGUUAAAAAAACACAAAUGGUGCUUCUAAACUGUGGAUAAAAUGUGGAAUUAUUUUCCAACAAUUCAGCAGUGAUUAUAGUCAACAUGUGCAGAUAUACAAUAAAGCUUUCUACCUCUUGG